ACACGGUUUUGUUUACAACCACGUCACCAGGAAGUGCAUCCCGUACUGUCAAAAUGCACGGACAGGUAAACGACACUUUACUUUGUACUUUAAGCAACCGCGCGUUUUUAGACAUACAGUUUAAUCUUAGUUUAGAUAAAAUCACUUAAUGUUUAUGACUUUGUAGAUUAAUAGCAGCUUUAUUUGUGGGCUCAAUCAGAAUCAGCGUAAACUUGCUCAUAAUCCCUGUUUUUGUAGGACUCCCAUGACGCCCCUCUCUUUGGGGAAGAGGAUGACAACGUCGGGAAGACGAAGUCCAAAAUCAGGUGAUUGUUGUGCUUUAGUUAAAUUGGACUUUUGAGAAAGCUUAACCUUGUUUCUAUAUAACUCUGUAAAAUAACCUAAUAAUGUGUGUUUCAGACACCCUCUGGCCUCUUUCUUCCACCUUUUCUUCAGAUGUAGCGCCAUUUUAGUGUAUUUACUGUGUGAUCUACUCAGUGGUCGCUUCAUCGUCUGUAUGGUCACCAUCAUCCUCCUGCUGUCAUGUGACUUCUGGACGGUCAAGGUGAACUACAUCUCUCAUAAUAGAUAAUCUCAUCUGUAAGCUUUAACAGUGAAGUCAAUUCAUAUGUUUCUGUUUGUGUUUCUGUUGUGUUUAUAGAAUUCAUACAGAGAACUACUCACAAAGUGUUGACAGGUUCAUAUUUACAAGUUGAAAUUCUUUUCUCUGCAGCUGUUUAUUAGAGUUAGCAGAUUAUGCAGAAUAUGUUUCUGAGGUUCAUUGACAUUUAUUUUGAGGUCCUAGCCUCUGAUUGGUAAGUGCUGUGACAUGUGAUCAGGGUUGUCCAGGAUGUUAAGUUUUUGUUUCAGUGUCGUGGUUAUUAAAGUAACUUUGCUUUUACUACAGAAGAUUUUUUUUGGUAUUCUUUUCACUCCUGAUGCUAAUAACAAAACAAUAAUACUGUGAUAAACUGGCAGGUAAUGCAGUAUUGGUUAAGGUUUUUCAAAUGUGGCACUGCCUCAUUUUUUCACAGUCAGAUCUGAACUGAACAAAGAUCUUAAAAAAUUGCAUCUGGUUGCCAAGGUUUGCAAUCCAGGGCAGUUUAGCAGCACUAAAAUAUUAUAUUAGGGGAAAGUGGGGUAAGUUAAGCCACCCCCUGUUUCUUGGAAAUGGUGAAAGAAAUAGAUCAUGUGACCAAAUAUUUAGGAAAUGGGCAUCAAUCAGAGUGUGUGAAGGUUAGAAGCACAUGGGUGAAGGGGUUAGACAUUUAUUUAUACAAAAAAAAAAAAAAAAACAUUUUUCACUCUCUAAAGUGAAUUUAGUCUGUCAUAAGUUUUAUUAGAAUUGUGUUCAGACCAUAUGCAAUAAUAAUAAAGAAAUUAUUGUGCCAGUUAAAUGGUGUAUAAUAGAUAAAAAAUACUCAUGAAUGUGAAGAAGUGACUGUUAUUUAGGGAGGGCUGGGGUGGAGAGUGGGGGGUAGUAGGGAUACGGCUUAAUUUAACCCGCUCCUAUGGCCAACUUACCCCAUACCCGGGGUAAGUUGAUCAUAGGAGAUCGCUUUUAUUUGGCAUGCUAUAUUAUCAAGACAGUUAUGUUAACACUCAUUCUGUUGGUUUGCAGGGAUGAACAACAUCUAGAAAUAUAUGCAGAUACACUAGUUAGAGACAAAACUAUGAUUGACUUGAUGUAGUGAUCUGAAAUAUGAAAAAUGGCUCAUCUUACCCCACUCUCCUAUAUUUUUCUUUUUAAUCAUAUAUAUUCUUAAAAUCCAGCUUUUGCUCUGUGAUCUGUACAUUAUACUUCUUUCUUCCCUUCCCCCAGAAUGUUUCUGGCCGACUGUUAGUGGGUCUUCGCUGGUGGAAUCAGGUGGAUGAAAACGGAAACAGCCACUGGGUAUUUGAGUCGAGGAAGGUAAGCAGGAGCUGCUCAGGUGCAUCCAUAAAGUCUAGCUGCUUGUACUGUAUUUAUAAAGGCCUCCCUCUUUAUAGCGCAAGAUGAAAGAAAACCGUGCGCUAAACAAAGAAAGGUUCUCACGUGGAGGAUACAGGUCGGGGAAAACAAGAUAGAGUGAAGCAACCUUUCUAGGCUAAAGAGCCUCAUCGUGUUUCCUCUAUAGAAAUAAACGUGACCUUGGCAGCGAUUGAAGGGCUCACGGGAGGGUGAUAGAGAUCUCUGUAAAUACAGUCAUAUUCAAAGAAGAGAGAGGGGGCUGCAUUUCAGAAAAUACGGUGCAUCUACAGUUUCACAGAGUAGAGCUUGCAGCAGCUCUGCAGGUGCCAGUAUAACAUUUUCUUUGGUUUUAUCGCGUAUAAUGUAGCUGCAUGGCCUUAUUGGAUGUAUAAAGCUGCUUUGUCUUCACCCAGACAUAGCGUAUGACACAAUGGGGAUACUGAAUGUGAGUUCUCAAAGGCUAUAUCAUCUUUUCUGGAAUUACCGAGUAGGAUGAAAUGAAAUAUUGUUUGUUAUCCUUCCAUAAUUUGGGGCAGGAGUUUAUAUUACAGUAAAAACAGCUUGAUUUCCUCUGCAAUCCUUGAUUUCCUACGAAAUGUAUCUUUAGAUUGUUAAAUUGCAUUGAAUUUAGUAAUAUUAAACGCAUCAUGGAGAGACUAGAAGGGACGUGAAAGAAAAAGAGCUCAGGUGAGACGUACUUCCUAUUCAGUGGAGCCUUGGUGGACUUACCUUUCCCCUAUUUUUAAUGAAACCGUCCUUUACAUGUUAAGUACGAUCUUUAAAGCUACAUAAACCUGUUUUCUUUUUCUUGGUUGCUGAUCUGAACAGACACCCAAAAUGAAACCACCCUCCAGCGCUGAGUCACAGAUCUUCUGGCUCGGACUUAUCGUGUGCCCCAUCUUCUGGGUCAUUUUCGUGUUCAGCACCAUCUUCUCUUUCAAGCUUAAAUGGCUGGUCAGUAAGCUGGUUUUGACCUAUAUUUACAAACAUAUCCAUUUCUUAUUCCUAGUUUUGUCUUACUUCAUUUUUUGUUUACGUCUCCACAGGCUGUAGUAAUCAUGGGCUUAGUUCUGCAGUGGGCGAACCUUUAUGGUUAUGUCAGGUGCAAAGUAGGGGGGAAGUCCAACCUUGGAAACAUGGCCAAGACCUACAUCAGUGCCCAGAUUUUCCGACAGGUACAUGGACGGUAAUCAUGCUAGUGUAUACGAGUUUUCCUCUGAGUGACAUGACUGAAUAUCUUUUAUUUUCCACCACAGGCAAUGACGAAUGCAGAGGGCCCUUGAAGUCGAUGGAGUAGAAAUGUGAUUCUGUUUGGCAGGUUUGAGCUCGUCCUUUUUGUGGCAAACUUAAAGUUUGUAAUCUCAUCCUGAUUUUUGGUUCAAACUAAAUUUCUGUUGCUUCCUUUGAACUCCUGUAAUUCAUUUUAAUUUGAAGUGGAUGCUUUUUGUGGAAAAUUGUGUUUGUAUACCUAUGAUUCAACCCUUUCUAAUAAGCUCAGAGUGAUAGUGUUCGGGCUUUGACAGACUUUAUAAGCUUUACUUUGGCUUAAACAAAGAGUUUGAAAGCUCUUAUUCAUAAGCCUUACUUGUGAAGGUGUUUAGAUAAAGGCAGUGCCUUAAAUUUAAAGAAGUAAAACAAAUUAAAAGUUUGCACAGACUUUAGAAAAACUUCUGCAACCUGCAGCCAUCGACAAUGAAUGUACUGUUUACUGUUAUUAACUGUAAAACUCCUGUAAUGAGUUCCCAGCAAACCCGAAAUGAACAGUGUCGCCUCUUUAUGAGCCGGAGUUUAUAAGGCAAACUAUCAGCAACAAGAUUGAUGGAGGUGACACCUACCCUUUUUUUCCUCUAAAACACUUCUCACAUGUGCAGGACAAGAUCAGCAAAGAGAUAAGAGGUGACACUUUGUCCUCAGGGGGUUCUAACAUCCACACAAACAGAAAGUUUCACACAAGAACUUCAAGUUUUCAGCUACUCUAUGUUACGAAAAUCAAACUCUAUUUAAAAAAUCGAAGGGAAUAUGUGAUGUGGUUUUAUAGAGGGAGAAAUGUGAGGAAAUGAUGAACCACAUGUUUUUAAAUCAAUUUGCACUAAUGUGUCAGGGCUUCUUAGGGUCACUGUUGAACUCUGUGAACGAACAAGUCAACAUUAAACUAACAGUCUUUAAAAGUGGAAGUCUUUUUCUGUCUCCUCUUCAAUCUUUAUUUCUUUAUAUUUGCCUUUCAUAACUUGAUUUGACAAGUGGAGACACGCACGUUUUCUAACUAUCUAAAUAAUAAAGACUGAUGAAAAAUAUUUCUGAACAUUUACGAUGGAAAAAUUGUGCAGCAGGUCGACAGCCUGUGUGCACUGAAUGAUUCAGCCACUAGAUGGCAACCAAAACUCAUAACUGUAGUUGUCUUUUCUUGCAUUUAUGUGUUUUUACAAUGACACAUUUUUUUGGAAGCACCUGGUAGAUUAAAAAUUUGAAAAUGAACAAGAACAACAACAAAUGAAAAUUACACGGGAACUGUCAGGAAAGACCAAUAAACCUAAUAAAAAGGUGCAAAUGAACCUGCAGUUUUGGAGUAUAGAGGGUGAUAUUUUCUUACAUUUUCUAAUAUUCAGACAGAGAUGAGAAUAAAAGCAGACGUUUCAGAGUUUUAUCAUCAUCUUUAUCCUCAGGUACAUUCAUUUCUUGAUAAUGAAUCACAGAAGUGAAAGAUUUUAGUAUUUUAUUUGUUAAAUCAAAGAUACACUGACAGUUUUUAGUGAUAUUAAAACAUCAAGUUUGCAGAAGAUGUCAAGCUAUUAUAUAAAAAGCAAUUGCAGCAUUCUUUCAAUUUUUGCUUAGUAAUCUUACAUUACAAAAUCUCUUAGGGCUGUCACAACAUCAGAUUUUAAAAUAUCACCAUAAUGAUAUUAAUGAUGAUGCAUAAUUUUGGAAAGCUAAAAUUUUUUUUAUAAAAAUCAAUCAGACAGAGGGAAAAAAGACAAAAGUAGGAGCAACUUCUUACUUCAUAAAAUUACAUCAUAAUCAGUCUCUAAUUUUUGGUUUAUCCAGAUCACCGUGUCUGUGUCUGAAGCUUGUUUGGAGAAGACAGCGACAUUUUAAUGAUUGUUUAACAUGCUUUUAUUUUGAUAUCUUUACUGUCUGAUUUUAUUUUCUGUGUGGUAAAACUGUGCUUUUAUUUUGAAGUAUGAGCGGCUUCCUUUAGAGUGUAAAUUUGGAUGGAUGAAAAUAAAACAAACAACAGGAGACUGUAAAUUUUAGAUUGAUUGUAGCUCCCAAAUCCAACAUUGUCAGCACCAUAUAAAUGUUUCAGUUUUCCUUAAAGAUGAUUUUUAUGAAAAUCGAUGUUGUUACAGCCCUAUCUCUAAUUUUUAAGUGAGACAAUUUAGCUGCUAUCAAACAGCACCGAAAGACUUCCAACUAGCCUGUUUAAUUAGUACCAGAAAUCAAAGUGAUUAACUUCACAGUCAUGAAACACCAUGAUACAAGACAUGGAAACAAAAUAAGCUGUGCCUAAAAUUAAAUAACACCAGAAAAAUAUCUUGUCCAGCGUUUCGGCGAUCCUCUGACAUUUGUCACAUUCUUCGCUCUUUGAGCUGAGAUCAUCCAGGAAGGCCACGACCCUCCUGAGCAUCCGGCUGUCUCCCUCUGAGGCGUUGAGCUGAACCACACUGAUGUCAGCUUUGGUUUCUGCAAGGAGUCAAGUUGGGUCAUUCAGAGUUUGAAACAACAAUCAAGACUUUUUGAUCAGAUAAAAUCUCCACGUUUUAGGAGUCUUCCUCACCGUCAUCCACUUUUUCAUCGUUGGUAUCGCUGUUGACUGGGGUUGAACUCCUUUUGGGCCAACAGCAGAAAAUGAGGCUGCCAUUUUUGGCCAUUCCUGUCAGUAUCAUGGACACCAACAUGCUCAAGACCAAGAGGAUCAGGCAGAUACAGAAGUGGGUUCCUGCAGCAAAGACAGACAGUUAGUUAGUCAACCUGUAACAAGACAGAUCCAGAUGCUUUAACCAAAGGGGGGCAUAAAAAGGAGGCAGACCACCCUCUUGAUAUGCCCCUGUACAUAUUUUUGGUUUGCAUGUGUGCUGACUGACGGAUUACUGGGCUGCAUUCGCUGUCUCCGGGGAGCACAUCGUUGAGGAUGAUGAGGAACAUGGUGAAGCUGAGGACCAGGGUGACCUUAAAACAGUUGCGUUCGCCUCCUCCGAGCGGUAGAGCGAAACUGACCACAUCAGCCAAGACGAUGAGGAUACUGGGCAGCAUCAGUGUGAUGAAGGGGUUGGUAUAUUUGAUCCUUAGUCCCACCUGAGGGGAACACCACACACAUAUUGAUUGUAAAGCAUGUUUGCAUCAUCCAUCGGCAUGUUUUCAGGGUUUUCUGAGAAGAGAUCUGAACCCAACAUCAGGCUCUGCAGUCUUACUACAAAAACGUUAAUGCUACUAUUAUAGGAACUUGUUGUGUUAUAAGAAUAAAUAACAUUUACAAACUCACCUUAAUGUAAUUGCGGUCAUCUCUUUGUUUCUCCAAAGAUACAUAAUUUGUUUCCCAAUCUCCAUGACCACCAUCAACCAUUUUCACAUCAAAGAAAUCUAAGCUUGUACCACACCCUGGGAAAAAAAAGGCAUUAACUUAAAUUACAGACGUAACCAACUUGUUUGUGAACUACUGUUUUGCAGAUUCAAAUUUCUGUUGUUUUAUGACCAUUUCUGUAUAAACCGUUGAAGUGAUCGAGGUGUGAGGAGUCUUUCAAAGCAAACAUUUUAAGCGAAGCAGCAAAUAGCUACGAAAAGCUAAUUUACUAAAGACUGGUUAUAUUCCCUGGUGGUACUUGGUUAAACAGAUGACUACGGCAUUAUUUAGGGAAUAUAAAGAUAGUGACUAAAACUGUUUACUUCGCCAAACUAUAAGCAUGCCACCAUGUUUAAAUUUGAUGUUUAAUAUAGAGGUCAUUCAGGAUUAAUCUACUUUUGAGGCGAACCACCAGUGGUCAGUCCAGGAACUGCAGUUUUGGCACGUUUGAAUUUAUUUAUGUAACCCCAGGAGUUAAAAAUGGCCAAAGACGUCAAAUAAAAAUCCUCUUUCGUCAACUUUUUGAUUUAAUGAAAUUCUGAGCUCACCAUCAGUGGCCCAGGUUUGGAUCGCCACAGGGCAUUCAUCCCCGGCGAAAGGAUAGUUGAACAAGUUGACUUCACAGUUGACCUCAGCAGUGAUGACCACAGCGUGCAGCACUGUGCCGUUACUGUAGACCAGCAGAUCAUUGGAGCUGUGCUUCAUGGUUGUUAGUAUCCUGCACAGGUGAGAGGCGACAGACAGCUCAGAUUUAUUUAAUCUUUUAUGAAAGUCUGUUGCUACUUUUAUGACGCGGCUGACCCAUUUGUAACGUGGAUCUCCGGGGUCCAGACUUUGGCAACUGGUAGGAUGACUUCAUCGAACUGGUAAACCGAUGUAUCCCAAGAUAAAUCUGGAUCAUCCCAUCGCUGUGGAUCGAAAUCAGAAUUAAUGAGUUUGAAACAGAAGAUUUUUCAAUGGGUAGUAAAGGUAUUUUGAUGCUUACAAGCGUGGCUCGAAUUUGACUCACUAGUCGUAGCUCUUUGGUGUUCUGUUGGAAGAAAAUAAGAUGUGUAAAGUUAGACGAAGUUGUAAGACUUCUCCAGUGCUGGUGGAAGAAUGAUUAACUCAACAUACUCCAAUGUUUACAGGGUUAAACUUCUUAUACGUUCAGCCAAACAAACGUUAUUAACAGAAAAAGAUACUUACAACUGAUAGAGUUUGGUACUCGAUAAAAGGCACCCUGAUAAUUUGUGUGCAGUUGUCACUCUGCGGCUGAGUCACGAAGCUCUUUGUCGACCAGCGUUUGAGCCAGACAUCUGCGUUUAGUGCAGUUGGUUGAAGCAUUUCCACAUCCUGCCAUCAGAAAUAAACAUUUACUCCUUGUAGCUUCAUUUUAGGAAAAUAUAAGCACAAGACACUUACCUAUUGUUAGAAGAUUCAGUAAGAGGACGGCCUUCCACACGGCGUGGGUGAAAAGCUUCAACAUGUCUAACUGGGUCCCUGCAGGAAUGAUUCCGCUUAUUUGAUCGUGGUUUUCUAUGUUUUUAUCAUCCCUGUCUGCUCUGCUAUCUUUAGGUUUCCGCCCA